AACAGAGGGAGCGAUACCAUUAAGAUACAAUUGAUUAUAAACAUACGGAAAGAGAUGGAAAGAAAAAGGAAGCCAACAACAUUUAGAAACGUUUAGAGACAUGAGAUUGGAAGAACAUCAAUGAGAAACAGAGUUUAUACAGUUUUGAACAUGAGAAAAAUUAGAAGAAUCAGUAGGGGAGAGAGGAACAAUCAAAAAAGCAUCAUCAGCAAAGAGACAGAUUUCACAAUUAGAUGGAAGCGACAGAGGCAGAUCAUUAAUAAAAAUUGGAUCGAAUUGGAUAGAAAUAAAAGAGGAUCAAGCACACUGCCUUGAGGAACACCAGAGGGAACAAGAGAAGAAGAGAAGACAGAAUCAUUCACACGCACACACUGAGAACGGUUCGAAAGAUAAGAAGGUAGAAGAGACAACAAGGAAUCACGCACACCACAACGAGAUAAUUUUUCUAACAAGAGAGAAUGAGGAACAGAGUCAAAUGCUUUAGAAAAAUCAAAAGACACACCAACACACUUUACACCAGCAUUCCAAAAUUUAAAGACGAUUGAAGAUAAAAACAACAAAGCAUCCAGAGUAGAAUGUUUAGGACGAAAAUCGAACUGUUUGUUUACAAAAAAAGAAUGUUUCGAAAGAUGAGAAAAAAUAAAAUUAUAAGUUAGAUCCAUCGUCGGCAAGUCUGGAUUGGUAGAAGGAAUUUGCCCCUGAAGAGAAGAAUAACAAGAGGAAAAAUGAGAAUUGAAGGGUUCAGCUUUAUCCGCAUCUGUGGAAACAGAUUUGGCGCCUAGAAACAGAGACUGAGGUACAGUGGAGUGAGAAGAGGAUAGUUUCUUGAUAGAGCUCCAAAACUUUCGAAGAUCAGAAAAUAAAGAAGAGAGAAAUCGGAAGUAAGAAGAUUUUUCACGUCGAUAGAGGGAAAUAACAAGAUUUCUUGCUUUACGGAACUCAGCAAGAUUAAGAGAAGUAUAACGGCGUUUAAGUUUACGAAAACGCUGGUUACGGAUAGAGAUAAAAUGUGCAAGGUUUGGAGAAGGCGAGAGAACAGAAGAUAGAGUACGAUCUAGCACCAGUGGAACGAAUCUACGGAUGGCAUCGUUUACGUGCUCAGUCCAAAUGUGGACGGCCGUAUCAGCAUCGGUAGCCGUAUAAAGACCGUGAGGUAUAAGAAAGAGAAUACGCCGUAGUUCAGGCCACUGUGCUUUUUUAAAGUCAUAACGAUAAGAAGUAGAAGAAAAAAGAGGUUGAACAGGUACAUCAAAAGUAGCAGAUAAACAAAAAUGAGGAGAACAACCACUUUACGAUAUGACCAGGAGCCAGUUUUAUAAAAAAACUCAAGUCAGAAAUGUUCUUUGUCUUUUUUGUCUUAAGUCAGGCUUAAGUUUUUUUAUAAAACUGGCUCCAAGCAAACUAAAGUUAACUUUAGAAGAGCUGUUCAUUUUAUCGCUACAUCAACACAAUUUUGUGUUAUUCAAACUGUUUAGUAUUAUUUUAGAAUUUCGUUAAAAUUAUUUUGUUUCACAAGACUGUUUUGUUCUUCUUUACAGAUGGGUUUACUUGAUGCACUCAUUUCUUGGCUAGGGAUCAAACGCAAAGAUGUGAACGUUAUCGUUGUUGGUUUAGACAAUAGUGGUCAGUAUUCGAACUGCUAAAAUUCUACGUUAGUAAAUUACAAGAUUAAAAUAUAUAGAUUAAGGUAUCAGCUGGCUUUAAUAGACUAUGAUGAUUAAUUUAAAUACUUUGGUCAUAUGUGUAAGAAAUGAGCUAUAUCGAGAAUAAAUUCUCUACUAUCAGUUUAAAAUGGGCAUGUGAAACUUAAUAAUUAAUUAAUAUUUCAUCAAUUUGUUUAGGAAAAUCGACAUUGUUAAAUUAUUUACGACCAAAAGAAGCUCAAAGUCAUGAUAUUGUUCCAACUGUCGGUUUUAACAUUGAAAACUUCUAUUGUAAAGGUCUCUCAUUUUCGGCAUUCGAUAUGUCAGGACAAAGUCGUUAUCGAACAUUAUGGGAAAAUUAUUAUAAAAAAACUCAUGGAAUUAUAUUUGUUGUUGAUUCAUCUGAUCGUCCACGACUUGUUGUUGCCAAAGAUGAAUUAGAUCAAUUGUUAACUCAUCAAGAUAUUCGAACUCGAAAUGUACCACUGUUAUUUUUCGCAAACAAAAUGGAUUUGAGAGAUUCUCUAUCGGAUGUGGGCGUUUCAUCAGCACUUGGACUGGAUGAAAUUGAAAACAAAUCGUGGCAUAUCUGUAGUAGCAAUGCAUUAACUGGAGUUGGAGUGCAAGAGGGUAUUGAGUGGUUGAGUUCGGCCGUGAAAGCAUCACUCGAGCAAGCGAAAAGAUGA